GUCGACAGCAACGUGAGUUUCAUCCCAUCCAACGCAAUAGGGAAGACUUCCGCAUGGGCUGACAGAGACAGAAUACCGCGUCGCCAUCACCCCUCGAUCCGCCCUCACGCGACGCUCACAUCAUUCAGGAGGCCGCGCAAACACUUCAUCUUCCACGUCUGUUGUUGUAUCAUCAGACACCUGCAUCGGAGAGACAUUUGCGACUGGCGUUGUGAUCAAGCGUACGCUUUGUGUCGGGACAAUCACAGGAACAGCGACUAUUGUACUAUUACUGCUUUCCAGCUUGCCAUUGGAGCAUUGAAAUUGAAGGAGAAGUCAAAAGAGAGACGAAGGGAGGAGAAGAAGAGGAGGAGAAAACAAGAAGAAGAAGACGAAGAACCAAAAGAAGAAGAGGGGAAGAGGGGAAGAAGAAAGCGUUUAACUACUUACUUUGCCCGCGACGACGGACUUGUACAUAACUCACUCGCUGCAAACAGGUGCAUCAUCUGAUCAUAAAGCUCAUCUCUCGAUUGACGAUUGAUCUCUGAUCUGAGUGACAACACCUUGCUCUCGGCACUGUUGUGUCCCGCCAUAACCAUCCGUCGCAGUCUGCUUCCCCAUACCGCGCAUCCCCUGUGCCCAUCAUGUCGGGCGAGGACGAUACCUUCGAUCUCGACAUUUACGGCGAUGAAGAGAACCAACAGCAACAACAGCAGCAACAGCAGCAACAGGAAGAAAACCCAGAAGACCGCAUAGACUUUGGCGAUGACUCCUAUGACCAGAAUGGCAACGCCGACGAUGCCCAGCCAGACGCCAAUGCGGCCAUAAAAGAAGAUGCAUCACCGAACCAAACAGCAGCAGCAGCAGCCGGUCAAAAGCGCAAAGCCCCGGACGACGGCUACGAUGACCACCAAAACACAACCAAUGCUACUGCUGCUGCUGCUGCGCCCUCGAACUCUGCCACUUCCUCUGUCCGGCCCACCUCCUCCGCAGCAACCGCACAAGUCGAUCCUAACGCUACCCUCGCCCUCAAACUCUCUGAACUCCACUGGUGGACCACCGAAGAAGACCUCCGUUCCUUCUGCGCCACCGCAGGCGUAGAGUCCGAACUCGUCGACAUUGCCUUUGGUGAACACAAAAUCAACGGCAAAUCUCGUGGAGAAGCCUAUCUCGAAUUCUCCUCUCGAGAGGCUUGCUCGGCCGUCAAGAAAGCGGUGGAAGCUCGCGACGAGCCCGUCAAACAAGAAGAUGGCAAAGUGGCAUUAGAGGGCAAGAGAAAGAACCAGUUCCAAGUCUGGUAUGCAGAUCAGAGAUUGGGAAAUCCUUUCAAAGGACGCGAUUCCGGCCAGGCCACGAAGAAGGACGCUGGAGCGUACAACUCUGCACCCGUGCGAGGUGGUGGAUACCAGGGCGCUCGAGGCGGAGGUUUCCAGCCUCGGGGUGGCUUCCAAUCGAGAGGUGGUGGUGGUGGAUUCCAAUCCCGUGGCGGAGGCUAUCAACAACAACAGAACCCUCAAGCCUUCGGCAUGAAUGGCGCUGGUGGCGGUGCUGCCGGCUUUGGCAACGCCUACGGAGCUGCCAACCCCAUGAUGGGAGGCAUGAUGGCCAAUCCCAUGAUGGCCAUGGGCAUGGGCUUCCGAGGUGGUUUCGGCGGUGCUGGUAUGAUGGGUGGCGGUGGAGGAAUGCGAGGCAACUUCAACGCUCGAGGCGGAGGUUACGGUGGCUUUCGAGGAGGAUUCCAAGGCGGACAAGGUUUCCAACAGCAGCAACAGGGUGGAUUCCAACAACAGCAGCAGCAGGGCUACGGAAUGCAGACUGGAGGCGCGAAUAAAAGGCCUAGACAGGAGUGAGGAGACUUCAAGUUUAUACCUUGCCCUUGCUCCGUAGGUACAUGUCGAUGGCCGCGUAUGACGACGACGACGACGACGAAGACGACGAUGGAAAAUAAAAAGGGGGGAAUGGCGGGCUGGAAAGAUCCUUCAUGGCAUAUCCCAGCGAGAACUACCUACCUUCCCAUCUACGUACUCAGCCACAGCGCCCUUCUUCUUUUCUCUGUAACAUUACAGUAUAC